AUGGCUCUACCUCAAGCUUCUACCAUUACCCAUUUCUUCGGCGUCGCUCGCCUUUCUACGACCACGGCCAGCACAUCAUCUGCAAGAAAAACAGCUCCUCCACCAGCAGCAACUCAAAGUGGCCCAAUUAUUGAGAGAAAAGUCUACCCAUACCGAAUCGCCCGAACACCGUCGAACAAUUACCCCAUAUACACAUUGGCGAAGCGCGGCGGGAACAUGAAGUUGACGAAGCUGCGGAAAAUAGAGGGAGACGUCAAUGUGCUGAGGAAGGAUUUACAGCUGGCUUUAGGGGUUGAUGAGAAGGAGGUCGUUGUAAAUCAGUUGACGAGACACAUUAUUGUGAAGGGCCACAAGACGAAGGAGAUAGAGCAGUUUUUGAAGGAUCGUGGAUUGUAA